AUGCGUAGGUCAAAUCACCAGUUCGUCGCCCGGGGCACAGAAGACGACAGAACUUGUCCAGCAUGUGACAAGCCGUGCAGGACCAGCCAAGGGCUUAUGGCGCACAUGUCGACGGCGCGAUCUUGCCUUUGGUACCGCAAGGGAAAGAAUAGAGUUCCUCUUGAGCACGACAUGCCAGAGGUUACCGAGAGCGCCGAGUGCAAUGUGUCCGGCACCAACGACGCGAUGGAUGAGGACGAACCUUAUGAAGACUUCCACGCUUUCCUCGACCACGGUAACCUCUUUCGCUUUGAACUCCCAGCAGAGGCCGCGGGUAUCGUUGAGGAAGCUGGAAACGACAGGGGAGCAUCAGUGGUCCCUGCCCUAGACGACGACGAAGAUACAAGGGUAGAAGAUGUCGAUACGACAGCCGGCCGGGUGAUACGAAUGGAGCCGCGGAUUGUGGAUACAUGGAAGGCGUUCUUUGCGGAGGACUCGGCAACGGAAGGGAGCGACGACUCAGAGGAGGACCGGAUGGAUGUCGACAUCGAGGAGCACGAGGGAGGAUGCGCACAGGAAAGAAACCCUAACGGUCGAUGGAGACCGUUCGCCUCAGAGCUCGACUGGCGCGUGGCGAACUGGAUAAUUAGAGAGGAUGUGGGGCAAGGAUCGCUAAAUCGUUUUCUUAGCAUACCAGGGGUCGUAGAGAAACUAGGACUCACGUUCAAGGAUGUUCGCGAGUUGUUCAUCAAAGUAGACGCCCUUCCCGACCGCGCUGCAUGGAAAACCACGUCUCUGACGUUUCCGGAUCGUAUCGAUGAGCAGCACUUGGUACGUUACAGGGACAUCCUCGAAGCGAUCAAGGCCCUUCUCGGAAAUCCAGCACAUGCCAAAGACGUCGUGUAUCGACCGCGACGCGUAUUCGCCGACCGAUCAAGAACGAAGAGAAUCUACUCCGAAAUGUGGACAGGAUUAUGGUGGAACGCGGUACAGGUACAGUGA